UUUUCUCCCGCUCUCGAGACUCGCACCUGGCAACCUUGACCCUCGCGCGCUGCCGGAACCGCAGCGCUCGGGGCGGCGCUACCGCGCAAGGGUGCGCCGUCGCCAUGGUAACCGCGAAAGCCCGGGGUCCGGGGAGCGGUGAGUCGGGGUCCGCGAGGAGGUCCACGGUAUUUUUGGAGUUAAUGGAGCCAGAAGGACCUCCAGAAUCAGAGAGUUCAGAAAAAUCAGUAUUUUUCUCACAGCAGGAAGAUGAUGAUGAUGAAGAAGAAGCGAAAGAACCAGAGGAAACAGUCACUCUUAAUCCUCUCUUACAACCUGCUCUCACAGGGGAUGUAGAAGGUUUGCAGAAGUUUUUUGAGGAUCCUGAGAACCCUCAUCAUGAACAGGCCAUGCAGCUACUCUUGGAAGAAGACAUCGUUGGGAGAAAUUUGUUGUAUGCUGCUUGUAUGGCUGGGCAAAGUGAUGUGAUUAGAGCUUUGGCAAAAUACGGUGUGAAUCUGAAUGAAAAAACCACUAGAGGUUACACACUCUUACACUGUGCUGCAGCCUGGGGUCGUUUGGAAACUUUGAAAGCACUAGUGGAGUUGGAUGUUGACAUAGAAGCUCUGAACUUCCGGGAAGAAAGAGCUCGAGAUGUUGCUGCUCGGUAUUCCCAGACAGAGUGUGUUGAAUUCCUGGACUGGGCAGAUGCAAGGCUGACUCUGAAAAAAUAUAUUGCAAAGGUCUCUGCAGCUGUUACAGACACAGAAAAGGGACCAGGGAAGCUCUUUAAGGAAGACAAGAAUACAGUCCUCACUGCAUGCUGUGUAAAAAAGGAGUGGUUGGAAACCCAUCUGGAAGCUUCCAUUAAUGAGAUUUUUGAACAGAAACAACAAUUGGAAGAUAUUGUGACUCCUAUCUUCACAAAAAUGGCAACACCACGUCAAGUGAAAAGUGCCAAAACUGUAGGCUAAGCCAUGGGUCAGAAAAGAAGUCAAGAUCAUACCUUCUACUGAAUAUAUAUUUUAUAAAAGAUCAUAAUUCCUUCUAGUAUUUAUAAAAGCAAACUUAAUAUGCCAACCGAAGUUAAGAAAAUCGAUAUGGGGUUUUAUAAAAAGGUUUAAGUAUGAAGUUAAAUCGCCCUUUUUAAAAUUUUACCCUAUUCAGCAUGCUUACCUCCAGAUGCCCUGGCCUUGCCUCUGCUCCAAGUGCAGGUCUGUGUGAGUGCCAUAUGCUCUUUCUGGAGAGCACUCGGGUGCGAGUCACUCACCAAGGCUCUCUGGAAGCUCUAACACCUAUAUAAGGAAGCUAACAAUUUUCUGUGUAACUGAGGCAGGACAUUUCCAUUCAACUGAGGAAUUCUAUAAAAAAAAAAAAAAGACAUAUUAGCUAGGAAAAAUUUGUUCUCCCUGUCUCAAAAGGAAAGCUAUAGAAUGCCAUUCUAGAGCAAGGAAAUAUUAGAAAUGGUUUGAAUCAGGGCCCUUAUCUUGUACAACUAUUACUUUUUACGUCCAAAUUUAAAUUUACCUGAGGGGCAUUUAGUUUUUUAGUGAAACCUCUUUUCUUUAUCUUUAACCUCCACCUCCUUGGUCUCUCUCCCUCUCUCUCUCUCUCUCUGUCUCUCCACACACACACACACACACACACACAGACACACACACACACAUUUAGAUUUCCCCUAUUCUGUAGGUUUGGCAAUAUAGAUAUUUUAGCGGAACUCCAUGGUAUCUUUCUGUUCUGUUUUAUACUUUUUAGGUGUUAAAUAUCACAGCUGGUUUCAUAUUAGUGAUUUGGAAUGUCUUUUUUUCCUAGUUUAUCUGAGAGCCCCCAAACCUCCCGUUACUCCAAUUUUGUAGAAAAAUUUUAUAGAAAGAACAUGUUUUUAAAAAUCCCCGCAUUUAUUUGUUGUUCUUAUGACUUUCUUUUUUGCCCUACCCUUAAAGCUAGUUUUUCAUUAUAGAGGGGAAGGAAAAGACGUAAGCAAUUCAGUAAUUCCUUGUCGGUUGACAUUUUCUCAACCAUGGUUUUGAGAUAACACUUUUAAAUUUGUGUCACAAAUUUUUAAAUUUGGAGUUAAUUUUUAUGCAUGAGCGAUUGAGUUUCAGUUGCCUUAAACAAAAGAACAGGGCGGUAACUGACACUCCUCCCUGGCAGACCCAGGGGAGUCCUACAAAGAAGGAGGUUGUCUGCGUUUGCUCCAUUCUGCUGUGCGCUGCAAAAAGUCCAUGACCUUUAAGCACUGCAGCAAUUUGGGACAAGGCUAGUUGCCAUUUUUAGUGUUUCUGCUCUAACUUUCUGUUUUCUGAGCCUUGAUCUUGAAUAUGACUUGACUUCCCAGGCAUGUUGUCCUGGUAAUUAGGGGAGGAUUCCCGAAUCUCACUUCAAAGAUUCCUAGAUAAGACCGAGACACUUUCUGAGAGACCUAGUGCAAAACAAACCUCUGUCUCCUUUAUUGAUCUUUCCAACCUUAUCUUCAAACUUCUUGAAGCUUUUAAUGUAUAUAGUCAUGUUGUCGUCUGAAAACUCCUUGAUUGGCGCCUUUAUGUCAUUAUGGUUCCUUUACUUUCUUAUUCUUUUUUAAAAAUUAUUUAUGAGAGAGAGAGAGAGGGAGAGAGAGAUCGCGUGCACAAGCAGAGGCAGGGAACAGGGGCAGAGGGAGAGGGAGGGCUUCUCACUGAGCAAGGAACCCGAUGUGGGGCUCAAUCCCAGGACCCUGGUAUCACAACCUGAGACAUAAGCAGAUGCUUAACUGACUGAGCCACCCAGGUGCCCCUGGUUCCUUUACUUUUUUAAACAAUCUCGUUUUCUAACUCCUUCACUAGUUUCUGUGGUCUGAAUGUCCUUGUGUCCCCAUUUCCCACACAUUCAUAUGUUAAGACCUAAUGCCCAACGUGAUAGUGUUAGGAGGUGGAGCCUUUGGGAGGUCUCUUCUUAUGAAAGAGACCUCCACACAGUUCACUUGCCCCUUGCACCAUUUGAGGUUAUGGUGAAAAGACAGCUGUCUAGAUGGGCUCUCACCAGACACUGAAUCUUCUGGCACCAUGAUCUUGGACAUCCCAGCGUCCAGAACUGUAAGAAAUACAUGCUUGUUGUUUAUAAAGUACCCAGUUAUAGUAGUCCGAACCAAGACACCAGCUCUUAUUCUUCAUCUUGCCUCCAGCAAUGGAAACUUAAAAAGUCAGAUCUAGCUUACAGUUUUAUAUAUCAGGUAUACCUCAAUAAAGCUGAAAAAAAAAAAAAAGCCAAUUAUGACCCUUGGCAAAUCAGUCUGUAAUUCUCCACCCCAUGGCCUUCUCUAUCACCAGUGUUAGGAAGAACUAAUCCCUCCUCCUUUCUGGCACCCACAGUGCUAAGAGCCACAUAUAUGUUCUAUUUAAUUGUUCACAUAUCUGUAUCCCCAUGUGAAUUGCGAGCUUUUUGAGAGUAGGGGCUCUGUCAUGCUUUUCUUCAUACCUUAAGAGCCUGUAAGAUAGUAAGUUAGUAAAUAACAGUUGAAUAAAUUCUCUUUUGGUGCUACCUUAUUCAUGGAGCUCACUAGUCUUCAUUCAUUUAUAGAACUUAUUCACUUUUUCUAAAAAUGACUCCUGAGCCCUUCUCUGCAUAUCUUGUUUGUGCCGGUGCCCCAUUUCAACUCCCACUUCUCCAGCAGACCAGCCGCAUGCACACACAGCAUCAUGAUUAUAUAUCUAGUUUCUUCUAUAACCUAUUUUCUGACCUUCACCUUGAAUUACCAAGGGAUCUCACUUCAAAGAUUCCAUUGGUGUGAGGAUCUGGGUUUUGAGAGAUACAGUACGUCUUGUGAUCUGUUGUUGCAUUGAAUUAUAUGUAUAUUCAUAGAAGAGUUAAAACACCCUUAUGCUUUGAGUUUGACCUGUUCUGAACAGCCACAGAGUAAUUACUGUUUUAGUUUGCACACUAGUAAAUUAAAUCACAUUAUUUGAGAAGUGGUCAAGCAAAGGCUAAAUUCAGUGCUGUGAUAAACUCUACAAUCCUGAGAUUUCUGUAUUUUGAUAGGAAAAAUGUGAAAAAAUGAAGGAGGUUGAAAUGAUGUCACUAAGAAAACAACUACUAUCUGCUAUCACUAUUAUUUAAUAAAAGACAAGACAUUUUAACAUCAGAAAAGAAGGGAAACUAUGAUUUCAUUUUAAGGCUCUGCCCUUUAAAUUGAGUAAAUUAAGCUUUAUUAUGAACUUUUAUAUUUUUCUCAUUUUGCCAUGUGUGAUGGAACUUUUGUCAUGAAUCACCACUGGUUUAUGGUCCAGCCUUUGAGAAUAACUGUCUAGACUGAAGCAGGCAGAAUGCUAUUUAGAUUAACAUGAUGCCCCAAGUUGUACAGUGCUGACAAUACACUCUGAUAUUUGAUCUAACAUCUGAUACAUUAUAUUCUCCAAGUUGGCCACAUCUCCUGUCCCACAUGUUCUUCUUACAAUGUGACUUCCUCACAGAGAGAGGUAGGUCUCUCUUCUCUCCUCUUGAAUCUGGGCUGGCCUGUGAUUAUAGUGGAAGUAAUAAUAUGUGAUUUCCAUAGAUCAUAAAAAAUGAUGCAGUCUCCAGCUAGUUCUUUUUUUUUUUUUUUUAAAGAUUUUAUUUAUUUAUUUGACAGAGAUAGAGACAGUCAGUGAGAGGGAACACAAGCAGGGGGAGUGGGAGAGGAAGAAGCAGGCUCCCAGCAGAGGAGCCUGACUUGGGGCUCGAUCCCGUAAUGCCGGGAUCACGCCCUGAGCCGAAGGCAGACACUUAACCGCUGUGCCACCCAGGCGCCCCUCCAGCUAGUUCUUUUGAGAUGCUCAGUCUUGGAAACAAGUCGUAUGGAGAGACCCAUAUGGACAGAAACUGAGGCCCCAACCCGAAGCUCUGUCUGAGCUCCAGCUAGCAGUCACCGCCAACCUGCCAGUCAUAUGAGUGAGCCAUCUUGGAAGUGGAUCCUCCAAUCAAGCCACCACAACCAGUGCUAUAUGGAGCAAAGGGAAGCCUUCUCUGUUGAGUCCUGCCAAAAUUGUAGAUUUCAGCUAAAUAAAUGAUUGUUGUUGUUUUAACCUA